AUGCCCCCGGUUGAAGCUGGCCCAAGCAGAAAGAAAACUUUGACCCUUGAUCAACAAAACUAUUGGACCGAAGGAGAAAAUGGUGAUGACAACAGCACACAGCCAGCAUCGAAAAAACGCCGCCUGGGUUUGAACCUUCAGUCUUAUUCCCUUGAGUCGGUCUUAGAUACAACUUGUGGGCAAGGUUCGAGAGGAAAAUACCAAGAUUGGAAUCUCAACUUACAUCCUUCCACUUCGGGGGAAGACUCAGAUUCUUUACCGGCUCCACCCCGUCCUGAAAUACCACCUAAUUAUGUCAACCCGGUUUCUUCACAAGCCGAUCCAGUGAUUGGGUCUGAGAGUCGUGUGGAAAUCCCUUAUCCUAUUGUGUUAUACGAAAACAGUGUGGAUAAUGUCCCCGAAGAACCCAACUCAUCAAAAAAUGGCUCUAGGUCGUCUCCCGCGCAACUUGAGCCCGCAGGCCAGCUUCAUGGCGCCAACUCCCGCUCUCCAGAUCCAGAGUCUCAUUUUCGCAACACGCUGAUUAUUGGCAUUGAUACUCCUCACGGUUCGGAAGAAAGUGGAGGAUCUGGCGAUGAAGAGGUCUUGAUCAGAGAAUUCUAUGUAGAAAAUCUUAACCCAAAAAUCUGGCCAUGGAUUUCGAUCAUUUGGCAACGUGUCCAAAAAUCGAUCUUCAGGGAACUCGAAAAAUCUGUGGACCCGUUGAUACAAGAUUUUAUAGAUGAAUACCUUGGGCACCCUGAUUAUGGUAUCAAUUAUCAGAAAACCAACAUAGAGAGAAAUGUUAGGGAAGAAGCUCAUCGGUUGAAGAAUCAACUUAGAGAAAUACGUGAAGUCUCUCAUCUAUUGUGGGCGAUUAAUCUUAGGGUGCUAGAGCUUAUCGGGGUUGACAGAUUCGACACUGCUUAUCUUGAAGAACAGACCAAGCUCCUUAGAUGGUUUGUCGGGUUCAUCUUGAUACGCAUAGAUCCCAGCUCAUCUCACUUUCCAAAUCAACCAAAGCAGCAACUCAGCAAACAGUUUUCCGAUAUAUGUGAAAACUUAUACCAGAAGAUUUCAGAAGCUGUUGAAUGCACUGAAAAUGAGUCUGUCUACAGAAUCACUUUGCCCUGGAAAGGUAUAUCACUUGAGACUGCAUUUCUCUCUCACAAGGAGGAGUUGAUGAACCAAUCUGCAGUUUAUCUUCUUGGCUUCUACUACAAAAAUGUAAACCACAACAAAUGGGAAAAAAUCUUCGGAGAAGAAGAUAGAUACUUUGUCCUCAGAAUCGUCAACUUUGGACAUCGGUGGAUGCGCAGGCCUUUGAGGAUUUCACAACAGGCAGUUGAGAAGAAAAAUGGAGGAAGGAUGACACCUUGGGAGGCCCCUUUGCCCGAUGGAGUUUCAAGCUCCCCGGAGAAGAAACUGAAGAAUUUCAUCUUUGCAUUCGAAAGAUUUGUCGUCCCAAUUCAGGAGAGACCAGAUUAUGAUAUACCUCAAUUUGUGGAUCACAAGACUUUUUCUUUAGGAACCCAAGACCCAAAGCUGUGGGCAUGGAUAUCUAGGAUGAAGAUUCAAUCAAAACUUGAAUCCCCUCCAGAAAAUCAACCUACCAUUGCCUUGCAAAAAGACAUGAGGAAAUAUCUUGAAGGAGCAAGUCAUUCAAAUAAAGCACAGAAAGUCGAAUUGCUAUCCAUUGCUUAUGAUGACACAAAACUAUCUCAGAAGCUCAUGUUUUUGUCUGAUUAUAUUUGGUCAAUCAACACUAGAUUCCUUGAAAGUUUGGGAUGUGAACGGUCCGAGGAAACUUUUGUCAAUGAGCAAAGAUGGGUUCAAAUGUACUUUGAGUUCAUUUUAUCCAAAUUGAUUCACUGGAAAGAGGAUUUCAAAAAAUCGAAAAAUCUUUCAGGCCAACAUUCCCUCAUCAAUCAGAAACUGAAAGAAAAAUUUGAAGGUUUGAUUCUCAAAUAUUUCCUGCUUUCAGAAGAAGAUGUUGAACCUAAAUUCAAAGCUAAAUAUAAUGAUCAGGAAAACUCAUCAUAUUCACCUGUGACCAGCAAAGAUUUGAUUAUGACUGAGAUGGUGUGCAAUAUCCUGGGAAGCUAUUACAAGAAUCAAAACAUCAAAAAGUGGAAGCUUCUCUUCAAAGCAGACAAGCACAUGUUUGAAUUCCUUACCAGAAUAAGCUCAACUAGAUUCUAUUCCGGAAAGACUGCAAAGUAUAAUGAGGACUUCUUGCCUGUGUUCAAAUCUUUUAAACUCUUACCAUGGAAGACUCAAGUCGAUAAGUCAAUCAAAUCCCUUUCAGUCAAAAUGAAAAGCUGGCUUAGAAGAAAACCACAAAAGUCAAUCUUCAAAUGGGUCAAGGAAAUCAAUCCAAAAAACUAA